ACACGAGGAUUGGGAAGAACAAACUGCAACAUCAUAGAUUUUACUGUGGUUUUCAUUUGCAUCUGUUCAACUAAUAGUGAUGGUUCCACUAAAGAAGAGUUGCUCUGCAGCGGCCCCGUUAUCUCAGCUCAAGAUGUACAGCUUCAUGGGAGGGGGCCUCUUCUGUGCUAUUGUUGGUAAUAUCCUGUUGGUGGUCUCCACUGCAACGGACUACUGGAUGCAGUACCGGCUCUCUGGAAACUAUGCCCACCAGGGUCUGUGGAGGUACUGCAUGUCCAACAAGUGCUACAUGCAGACUGACAGCAUAGCUUACUGGAAUGCAACCCGGGCCUUCAUGAUCCUUUCAGGGAUGUCGUGCUUUGCAGGCAUCAUCGCUGGGAUCAUGUCCUUCUCUCACUUCUCCUCCUUUGAAAGGUUCAACCGCUCCUUUGCUGCAGGAAUCAUGUUUUUUGUCUCCACUUUCUUUGUUCUGCUGGGAAUGGCCAUUUAUACUGGAGUGACAAUCAACUUCCUGGGGAGGCGCUUUGGUGACUGGCGCUUCUCCUGGUCCUACAUACUGGGCUGGGUGGCCAUGCUCAUGAACUUCUUUGCAGGUAUUUUCUACAUAUGUGCCUACAGAAUGUGUGAAUGCAGGAGAGGGAAUGGCCCACGCUAA